GGUAUCAUUUUUAUUGGAGAAAUGUGAUCAAUAUGUUAAAAUAAUUUUCAUGUAUAAAAAAUUAGAAAUAAAAAGGUCAUCGUUUUUAAUCUAGCUGCCGCCGAUGUUGGCCGUUGCCUUUCCAGGUCUCUCUUUCUCUCUCUCACGAGAUGUCGGCAAUUAUAAAGGCGAGCCGCGAGACUCAAAGUACAACGACUUCAAUUCUAGGACUGGCUACUUACAAUUCAGACACGGCGACAAUCAGCGAGAUUUUACUGUAAGUAUUAAGUAAAUAAAUGUGAUCGAAAUGAUAUCGUGUUUGAUUUCAUUUUAAUCAGAAAUAUUUGUCCAAACUAUAUAAUGUUUGGUCUCAUUGUAAUAAAGGAAACUAUCAGCAAUAUGUUUAAGAAAAUCAGUUUUAAAAUGUUAAAAUUAAAAAAAGUUAUGUCCAUUAUAUUAUGAUUUCUCUUUCGGAAAUUCAAGUUAAAGGAGCCGCAGCGCGUGCCGCAGCACACGUAUUCACCGACUUCGUUGAAUCUUAGCAUCAGGAUAAAGUGAAAAUCAAUAGAUUGCAGGACCGUAGCAAUGUCACGGCGUCAGUGAUAACACACUGAAAUUACGUCAGUACAAGAGACAUUAAAACGUUAUAGCGCUAUUCGGCAUUUUUCCAAUGACCUCUGGGACUCAAACGGUUAAAUAAUAUAUAUUAACCUGAUUUAUAUGAAAGUGAUACACCUAAACUUUAAAAGAAAAUUAUAAAUAAGGUUUAACUCAUCUAUUUAUGUCUGAAGCCUAGUUCAAUACAAAAUGCAAGUCAACUUAAUAUCUAUUGCAUUUCUUCUUGCUACAUUGUCCCUUGGUAUUGUUGGCUUAUUAAUUACCUAUAUAGAGUCUUAUUUACCUGUUUUAAUAACGCGUUCAUAUCGUUAUGGUAAAUUUUCUGAUAAUACAUAUCAGCCACAUGUAAUGAAAAUAGAAAUACCUAAAAGAUGGUUUAAACAUUUUUAUGUGUUUGCUUCACCUUUCUCAAGUUAUGUAUUUUAUCUGGUACUUCAUAAAUAUCUGUGGAAUGGUGAUAUACCUGAAAACGUCAUAUGGAUGUUAAAUAUGUUUCUAGGAACAAAUAGACGAGCAUUAGUGUCUCCAGAAAGUACAUUUGUAGUUGCCUUGGUUUUGACUAUUCAUUGCUGGAAAAGAUUUUAUGAAUCACACUAUAUAAGCAUUUUCAGUGAUAAAAAGAUAAAUAUGUUUCAUUACACAAUGGGAUUCUAUCAUUAUUUUGGUACUUUAGUAUGUAUUAUAGGUGAAUCUGAAGGAUUUGUUGAAGGUUCACAAAACAAUUUCUCCUGGAAAAAUAUAACUUAUACUCAUAUGAUAUGUGCAUGUAUUAUCUUAUUGUCAUCAUAUGCUCAAUUUAGAGCAAAUUGUAUUCUUAGUGGCUUACGGAAAGAUAAAACUGGUGAAAUCACAUCUACAGCAUAUAAGAUACCACAUGGUGGUCUCUUUGAAUAUGUAUCAGGUGCUUUACAAAUUACAGAGAUCAUUAUCUAUGUAUUAAUUUCUGUGAUAUUUUGGCAAAGUUCAACAUAUCAUUAUGUUACAAUAUGGGUCAUAGUAAACCAG